CCGGCCACGGAUCCUUCUUCACUCCUGGAUUGCCCCUGGUCUCGUUCUCAAAAAAGCAUUGACUCCAUGGGAGCUUUCCUAAACGGCCUCGCCGUAGCGGCAGUGGGCUGGUGGUUUGCUCCGGUCAUCACCUUCCUGCUCAACAAACUCCUGUCCUACCUCUAUGACGCAUCUCAAGACUUCAUGGAUAUGAGGUCUGGGACUAUGCCAAGACUCAAGCUCACGCUUGGGGAGGUCGUGGAGCAGAGGAUGCUGAUUAAAUUAUCAAAGAAAGAAUCCGAUGUGACCAAACUCAGCGGCCUGGACAGCUUGCUGAAGAAGCUCAAGGAUGCUCUGUACGAAGCAGAAGACAUCCUCGACCUCGUCGAUUAUCACCGAAUCGAGAAGGAGGUUGGGAAAGCUGGGUCUUCCACCUGGCUGCAGUGGUGUUGGGAACACCUCUGUGACAUCACCCGAGAAAAAUCAGCCUGGCUGCUGCAGCGGGCCAAGCAGAGCCUGUGCUGGUUGAGGGGAUGUUUACACGUCGCCGGAGAAAGAUCUGCUCCGCUGCUCCAGUGGGUACAUGAGAGGUUCUGCUGGUUGUGGCCGUGGGUACGCAUCGCCGGACAAACGCCGCUGCAGCUGGCCAAGAAGGGCUUGUGCUUGUUAUGGGGAUGCGUGACUGGACCAGGUGAACUACUACCAUAUGCUUCCGCGCCCUCGACUUCCUUGGUGCAGAGGAUCUCAUCGUGUUGUACCUGCAUAUUCCACUGGUUAACAACCAAGGCAACCAGGGCGAUUGAGGGUGCCCGUUACUACCGAGACUGGUCCUUGCAUGAGCUUGGCUUCACACGUUAUCAACAGGCCACCGUUAUGGAAUCAAAUUGCAUUAUCAUGGGACCUUUAUAUAUUCUUCUAAAGAAAAAUAUGAAAAAGGUAGAAAAACUCAUUGAUGAAGCACAGGAAAUUUUUACAUUAAAAAACAAAGUGCAAGAAACUAUUGGGCAGGCGGCGAACCAGCAAAGAAGAAACGAACUUGGCAUGCUUACUGCAGAUGUUACUACUGGAGAUAGACAGAAGACUACAGCAUAUCCAGUGGGAAAGAUAACUGACAGAGAUAAUAUUUGUCAGGACAUAAGAACAAUGCUUCAUGCGUCAAAAUGUGAUGUAGUUGGCAUUUAUGGCAUUGCGGGGUCUGGGAAGACAACACUUGCACAAUAUGUUUGUAACGCUAUGAAAGAGGAAGAGGGAGAGAAAGAGGAAAGGAAACGCCAUUUCCACCUUUUUAUGUGGAUUCACGUCACCCAGAAGUUUAGCGUGCAUGCCAUUUUCAGUGAGAUGUUGGAAGCAGCUUCAGGUAAAAAGGCUGAAUAUGCUAGCCUUGAUGUGAUGCAGAAAAAAUUAGAGCAUGAGCUAAGCACAAAAAGAUUCUUAUUGGUACUUGAUGAUGUCUGGUGCAACAAGGAUGCCGAUGAUCAAAAUCUGCAACAGUUGAUUUUUCCAUUGAAAUUUGGGUUGGAAGGAAGCAAGAUCCUAGCCACAAGUCGAAAUGAAGGUGCAUUUGCAGCUCUAAGUCCUGAAGUGACAUGCACUUCUAUUCGAAUACCAGACUUGAAGGAUGAAGACUUCCAUGAAAUGUUCAUGUAUUAUGCACUUGGAAGUUCAGGGCUCGUUGACCCUAUGCUUGGAGAACUGGAAGAGAUUGGGGCUGAAAUAGCGAAGAAGCUAAAGAGGUUACCUCUAGCGGCCAGAACCGUGGGAGGACAGCUACGUAGAAAACAAGAUGUUUGGUUCUGGAGGAGUGUGCAAGUUAGGGACCUUUUGAACGAGACGACUGGAGCUCUUUGGUGGAGCUACCAGCAAUUUGAUGAGCAUGUGAGGCAAUGCUUUGCUUAUUGCAGUAUAUUUUCCAGAAGACAUCAUUUCAAACGUGAUGAGUUAGUACAGUUCUGGAUGGCAGAAGUGUUUAUAGAGACAACUAAUGCUGUACAGGAUCCAUAUGAUGUUGGUCAGAAUUACUUUGAUGAAUUGUUGUCGGCCUCAUUUCUGCAAUUAGGAGAGAGAAUAGUGGAACAUGGAUCUGAGGUUGAUUAUUUCACUGUUCAUGACCUGCUGCAUGAUUUAGCAGAGGAGGCUGCUAGAGGAGAUUGCUUCAGAAUCGAGGAAGGUGUCACAGAAGAAGUUCCUCCAGCUGUUCGUCACCUAUCUGUUGGGAGUUGUGAUAUAAAGAUGCUUACAGAGAAAAUAUUUGAAUUGCAGAAUUUGCGCACUCUUAUCAUUGAUUGCUAUAUAAAGAUUGAUUCAACUGAUGAAAAAGUCUUCGAGAGAAUGUUCAAGAGGUUGAAGAAAUUGCGGGUGCUGGUUUUAAGUUUCUCCGCAGAUGAUGGUUAUAUAUUCUCACUUCCAGCAUGUAUUGGUCUGUUAAAGCAUCUAAGGUAUUUUGCUUUCAAUGUGAGAGGUAGAGCAAGAAUAAUUAUGCCAAACAGUGUUACCAAGCUUUACCACAUUCAGGCGCUAGACAAUUAUAGUAGCGCUGGUGUGGUUUUUACUGGUAGUAAAAAUAUUAGUCAGCUCAUUAACUUGCGGUGUAUACGCAGCAUGGAAAUUUUUCCAGACAUUGGCAGGCUGAAAUGGCUCCAAAAGUUAGAACGCUUCAGUAUAAGCAAGACACAGGGGUACGAGCUACGACAAUUGAAGGACCUAAGCAAGCUUGAAGGCGUGCUAAUUAUCACGGGUCUUGAGAAUGUCCAAAGCAAGGAAGAAUCUAUUGAAGCCAGUCUUGCACACAAGGACCGGCUGACACAACUUACACUAUCCUGGGGUGAUACGAGUUGCAGUCCAGAAGUUGAAGCGGAGGUGCUUGAGGGCCUUUGCCCACCGAAAUAUCUUGAGAGACUAGAAGUUAUGGAUUACCAUGGUUCAAAGUACCCAGAUUGGAUGGUGGGUCAGCAGAAUGGCAGCCCAAUGCAUUUGCGUAAUCUUUGGCUCUUCGGUUGCAGCCGACUUGAAUCAGCUCCUGAACUUUUUGAGGUCUUUGUGCAUCUUCGUUGGUUUAGGCUUUCGUUCAGCAAUUGGCAUUCCUUGCCAGAUAAUAUGGAGCGGCUGGCGUCACUCCUGUUACUGGAAAUUCAUCGUUGUCCGAAUAUUCAAUCACUUCCAGCACUGCCCUCCUCCCUUGAGAGGUUUUUUCUCAGGUCCUGCAGCGAGGAGUUGAUGAGUUCAUGUGAAACAAUUGGACAUCCAAACUGGCAAAAGAUUCAGCGCAUUCCCUAUAUUUCUAUUAUCCGUGAUUAAGAUGGAUUGGAAGUCUACACGCUGAGAGCGGGAGCUAAAGAAGGUGUCUCUCCAUCAGAUGCUUGAAGCGCCCCAAGUCCAACACAUGGAGAUGGCGUUUAUGAGGUGAGGUGAUUCAAUCCGCCAGCCUUCCUGCCAAUCUACAGGCUUAACUGUGUGGCGUUUCCUGGGUGUAUGUGGUUGGUAACACUUGACCAAUUCUAUGUACAUUUCAGAGGACGCGAAAUUAAUGUCAGUGGUUGCAACUCAUGACCUCCGAAUUUAUUUGUUUCCUAUAUGUGGUGUGUACUGUGGAAUCAUGAACAGCAAAUUUACUUGUUUCUUGUUGGUCUGUUGUAGUGUGGAACCCCAUAUACUGGAUUUAUGUGUGUGUCCCUUGGUUGUAAUAACUUGGGAAUAUUAGUUUCCUGUCAGUAA